AUGUUUUGCAAAAGUAGGAAUUUCCUGCGAUUGAGGCAUCUGUUCCUCAUCGAUACCAAGUGUACCUCGACGGUGGUGACAUUUUUAAGGAAACCAGUGAAUAAGCGAGUCUCUGAGGUAUUUCAGAAGCAUGAAAAUGAUAUUCUGUUCAGCUCUUAUAUGGAAGAUCACUUCCUGAAACUGGGCUUCAAGAGAGGCCGGGCUCUUCAAAACAUGAUCAAAAGCAAGGAGAGAAAAAUGCAUUUGGACAGUGGCAAGGUGAAGGCAUUUCCCCUGGCGCUCAAGUACGUAAGUUCACCAGAAGACCGGGAAAAUUACGAGGAAGUCACAGCUCCAGGAAACAACAAGAUCACAUUCUCAAAGGAAGAUGAGGAAUUCCUGACGUCCCUGAGGACGCAGGAGAUGCGCAAGUUUAGAGAGGAGGUGUCAGAGAAGAAACAACCGAACUGGCUGCAGGAUUAUGAGUAUUUCGACGAAGAUGAGAAUACUGAUGUAAAGUACGGCACACCUGAUCCUUCUGUUCCUAUUUCCAAGGUGCCGUGCAGCGGAUGUGGUGCACAGCUUCAGUGUGCAGAGCCCAGUCUCCCCGGUUACCUUCCCAGUGAAAUCUUUAAGAAACGCAAUAUCGCAGAAUUGCAGACGAUGAUUUGCCAGCGAUGCCACUUCCUUAAGAACUACAACACUGCGCUCAACGUGAGUGUCCAUCCCGAUGAAUACCUGGAGAUAGUCUCCUCGAUUGCCCACAAGCCCGGUCUCGGGAUCCUAAUAGUGGAUCUCCUAGACUUUCCUUCUUCCGUGUGGGCAGACGUGCACAAAGUGAUCGGCGAGAAAAGGCCUCUCUUCAUCGUGGGCAACAAGGUGGAUCUCAUCCCCAAAGACUGUCGCGGAUACUUGGACAACAUCAAAGACCGCCUCGUUGACGAGGUGCUGAAGAAGGGCAUCCAGGAGGAGAACAUAAAGCACGUGGCUCUAAUAUCCGCCACCACAGGAUUCGGCGUGGAGGAGCUGAUCACGCAGCUGCACAACAAAUGGGGCUAUCGCGGAGAUGUUUAUCUGAUUGGAGCGACGAACGUGGGCAAGAGUUCCCUCUUCAACGCCCUCCUGCGUUCUGACUACUGCAAAGUGCAGGCGCAAGAUCUCGUGAAGAGAGCAACCGCCUCUCCGUGGCCAGGAACCACUAUACGCCUCCUCAAGUUCCCCAUUAUGAGGCCGUCAGACUACAGGCUCUACGUGCGGACGCAGCGCAUCAUCUCAGAGCGAUACGCCAAGGGACAAGAGGAGAAAUUGCGGCGCAUCCAAGCCAACAAGACGGGAAGUGUGGAACACGCCACACUCAUAGGGCACAUUGGGCAGUCGUUUAAGCCCGAUCCGCAGGAGGUUCGCGACUCCUUCGCCAUGGGUGGGUCAAAUGUCCAGUCGCAAGGGCUGAAUGAGGACAGCCCAACCUACCGGGAUGGAAAAUGGUGCUAUGAUACACCCGGAAUCAUUCUGACCGCCCAAAUACAUCACAAACUCAACAUCGAAGAGAUCUUGAUGGCUCUCCCCAAGACAAUGCUGCGCCCACGGACGUUUUUCAUCAAACCCGGCAUGUCUCUCUUCCUGGCCGGCAUUGGAAGAAUCGAUUUCAUGGCAGGACGGCAGCCGAUCCGGUUGAUUGUCUACUCAUCGUUGCGACUUCCUAUCUUGGUGUGUCACACCAGCAAAGCCGAAGAAAUUUACGCGGAUUUACUCACCACAGAUGCUCUGCAAGUGCCUCAGAAUUUGUCUGAGAGAUCAAAAGCCUGGCCAUCCUUGCAGUGUGGCUGCGAAUUCAGAGUGACUGGAGAGCGCAGUGCGAUCACAGUGACCGACAUUGUCUUCUCGUCCAUCGGCUGGGUUGGCGUGAAUGCGAAUGAUGACGAGAUUGCGCUGAAGGUGUGGUCUCCAGACGGCGAGGGGGUUUUCCUGCGAACGCCUCCGCUGCUCAGCCAAGGAUUUCGGUUGCAUGGGAAAAGAAUACGCGGAAGUCUUGCAUAUAGAAUUGGCAAAGCCUUCAUUAAGCAAUAAAUCAUUAGA